AAACCACCGGGCACCGGCCGAUCCUAGAAUGGCGACCAGCAGGCUCAGGUGUGGCCGCCGCAUCAGGGCUCUGUCGCUAUGGCUACUGCUGCUGCCGCCACUGCUGCACAUGCUGCUACAGCUCGCGGCCGCAGCUGAGGCGGCUGCAGCUGCGAGGCCACUGGGCCUUAGAGGGCAGGCGCAUGGGCAGGGGGAGCAGGGCCCGCAGCGCUGGCACUGGCUGCCGCCGUCAGAGGCAGUGGCAGCCACAGAGCAGCUGCUGCUGCGCACACGCCCUGACGGUAUGGGUGCGGCGCAGUCGGCACUGGACGCCGGAGACCUACAGCCCCUCGGGAGCCGCUGGGGUCUCUUCAUCAGCGCCGGGCACGAACCCGUGUCAGUGUGGCUUCGGCGGGAAAGCCCCGUCGUCGCCGCCACCCACCACCACGCACACGACCACAUCGCCCACCUCCAAGACAAUGCAGCACUACGCCAUCCCCACCCCCAUUCUCAUCCCGAUCCCGACCCCGAUGCCCACCCCGCCAUGCGUCGCCUGCUACAGCUGCUGCAGGGAGCCGAUGCCGGCGGCGGCAGUAGCGGCAGCGGCAGUGGCAGCCUCAUGGGCAGUAACAAUGGAAUGGGGCUCGGCGGCAGCGGCUGGACGUACGACAAUCUGGGCACUGGCGGCGACGCCAGUGCCGGUACGCUACCGGGCAGUAUGUACAACCUGGCGUCAAUGACUGGGAAUGACGGGUUGGGCAUGGGUGGCGGCACGAAUGUGGGCGUGUCGGCGCUACUGUCAAGGAACCCGCAGUUCGUGGGGUCCCUGGAUGCGGAGGGGCGGCUGAUUGGCGGCCUGGGGACAGGGGGUGCAGCCGGGCUGGGGGGAGGCAGCACCGCUACAAGUAGCAGGGGUAACGUGGGCCGCGGCGGUGGCGCGGUGGGCGCCGGCGCGUCUGGAGUAGGAACAGCGCUGGGUGGUGCUGGCGGAGCAGUGGGAGUGGGAGGGAGCGCGAUAGGGGGAGGGGGUGGAGGUGGCUACAUGGUUGGUGGAGGCGGCGGGGCCUCGGGGCCGGGACAAGGCGCGCUGGGUGUUGCAGCCGCCGGCGGAGACCAGCAAACAGGCAUCCCAGGGGCGUUGCGCGAGCAGCAGCAGCAGCAGCAGCAGCAGCAGCAGCAGCAGCAGCAGCAGCAGCAGCAGCAGCAGCAGCAGCAGCAGCAGCAGCAGUCCUCAGCUGUAUUGGUGCCGGCCCUCUUGCAGCAGACAGAGGCGGCCUCGAUGCCACUGCCGCAGACGGAGGAUCAGUUGCUGGCGUUGAUCCGCUCCAACACCCUCACCUCCCAGCUCCUGGCAGGCUCCUCUUGGGCCCCGCCCAGCGGCACCAGCAGUAGCGGCAGUAGCAGUGCUGCCACGGACGGCAGCACAGGUGGCAGCACAGGUGGCAGCGGCAGUGGCACCAGCUCUGCCGAUGCGUUGUUACGCACAGCCGCCGCAGCCGGAGGAGCAGGAGGGGCAGGAGGAGGAGGGGCCGGGGGCGCGGCCUCCCCCGCCCUGCUGUCCCAGCUGCUGCAGCGAGCCAAGGGCGUGGGUGUGGGUUUGGACCCCACCUCCCUGCAGGGCAGCAGCUCACGUGACGUGCUGAUGGCACUGUACGACUUGUACCGCCGGGGCGGCCUCCCCGCCGCCGCCGGUGCUUCAGGCGGGGCGGUGGACACGGCGGCAGCGGGGGCGGCGGCGGGAGCAGCCGCAAAGGCAGGACCUGACAAUACUGGUGGUGUUGGCAGGGCUGUUAAUGCUGGGGGUGCCAAUGGCUUGUCGCGCACGGCAGCGAGCUCGGCAACGACGGACCCAACCUUCUGGGGUCAGCAGGCGACCGGCGGUCUGCAGGCGCAGCAGGCACAGCAGGCGCAGCAGGCGGGGAAGGCUGGAGGGGAUGCCCCCACCAGCUGGAUUCCCGAUGACGCCUACGACUCGGACGUGUAUGCCAACACAGGAUUAGGUAGUGGCGGUGCUGCUGGUGAUGGAGAUGGUGCUGGUGCUGGUGGUGGGGUGGGUGGUGACAGUAGUGCCCGCAGCAGCGGUGCUGGCGGCGGUGCCACAUUAGCAGCAGGAGGCCCCAGCGGACGCCAGCCAGCGGCGACGCAGGGCCGCCGCCGCCGCCUGAUGGCCGGAGUCCUCGGCGGUGGGCUGGGCCAGCCGUUUGAUGGCGGCGUGCCGGCUUCGGCUUUGUCGUCAGGUGGCGGAGGCGGACCCGCGUCACAGAAGCAACAGCUGCGGCAGGGAGCAAGUGGGCAGCCGCGGCCGCCAGUGCUGAACAACCUGCUUCUGCAGCUGCAGCAGCUGCGGGCGGGAGGUGCAGGCGGCGGCGCGGGUGCUGGUAGCGCUGCAGGCGGCGGGGCAGGUGGUGGGGCAGCAGCUCCUGGUAUGGGUGGGGCCGGCAGUCCCGGAGGACUUGCGAAUGGUGGUGGCGGAAGCGGCACCGGUGGUGGCGCAGCUGGAGGUGGCGGCGGCGGCGCCAGCAACCUAACCGCCGCGAAUGAGCUGUUCCCCAACUGCCAGCCCAACAACUUCCUGCUGUGUGCGGACCGGGACCUCGUCACCUUCCUGGGCGUAACGACUGACCAGGUCGUGUACAACCCCACGGUCCUGCAGUACACGGGCAUUGGGUCCGUGGCCCAGCGCGGUGUGGUCGCCAGCCUCCGGCCGGACCUGUACGACCAGACGCGGACCUCGGCGCUGACGUCAUCCAACGGCCUGCGCUUCGCCGGCACUCUGUUUUUUAACGGCCUCAACGGCGUGGCAACAACCGCCCUGCAGCUGCUGGGCUCCCUGGUGGACCGCGGGCCCUGGGGCCGCCUGCUGCCGCAGUCGCUCACGCUCACGGCCCUGUCCCGCAGCGGCGCCACCACCACGGACCGGGUUGCCUACAAGCCCAACUGGGUGCUGACAGGCACUGGCCCGGGAUUCGCGACCACGUCUCUAAACUUCGGGCCUUACGGCAACUUCAUUCUCCCCGGAGGGCUGGUCUCUACGUUCACGCCGGGGGUGCCCUCAGCAACGCCGGCUAGCGGAGGCGCCGGCGGGAUGUAGCGACAGGGGGCGCACUGCUGGGAAGGGAAAAGGUGGGAGUGUUAAAUGCGCUUGAGACGACGGCGUCUUGUGUAACACUGCGACUACAAGCAAGGGGUUGGCGACUUGCCAAGUAUACUUUUAAACAACCUCAUCUCCCGGACAUAGCCAGGCUGGUUGGUUCGGGCACCGCCCGCCAUGUGUCCAGCCGCGUCCCGCUGCCAAGCUAUUGACGAGUGUUGCGGAACUAAUGCGUACGUAGACCAGAGCGGAAGGCGGAGUGGGCUUGCAGGCGGCACGAGAGUAGGCAGUCAGUAGCGCAAGUUGCGAAUUCACAUGUUACCUCGUAACCGACGGUAAACGCUGUGGACGGUCGUGCCCAUGGCUGGCUGACGGAAGGUGGCUGCUGUAUUGGGAUGGCUGGGCUGGACGACGCCGGCCGGGCUGGCGUUGGGACUACCAGAAAGGAUGCGCCCGAAACCAACCUGGAGAACACCAGCGCCACCGGUGCCCAGCACGACAUGUAAGGGAGGGAGGGA